AUUCUCUUCGGAAGCUUACAGAGAUGCAUUUAGUAACAAAGAUGUUCCUGACAGCAGACCAAUAACAUUGUAACAUAACUAUACAGUACAAAUUUCCCUUGAAAAAGAAACAUCGUCUCAGGCGAUUCAUGGUGUCGGCUAUGGCAGAAUGCGUGAGAGUGGUGGUUCGCUGCCGCCCCAUGAACAGAAGAGAACUAGACCUACGUUGUAAAAACGUAGUGUCUAUGGACAACUCUCAGGCCGAAUGCAAACUUAUUAACCCUGACGACAACUUCGCUCCACCAAAAACAUUUACCUUCGAUGGGGUGUACGACGUUAAUUCAACAACAGAAGAGUUAUACAAUGAAGCAGUCUAUCCUUUAGUAGAGGGUGUGCUGGAAGGCUAUAACAGCACAAUAUUUGCUUACGGUCAGACUGGAUGUGGAAAAAGUUUUACAAUGCAAGGUAUCUGCGAACCACCGUCGCAACGUGGGAUAAUUCCAAAAUCGUUUGAGCAUCUGUUUGAAGCAAUAUCUGUUUCCGAAGGAACCAAAUAUCUUGUACUGGCGUCAUUUUUGGAAAUUUAUAAUGAAGAGAUAAGAGACCUGUUGGGAAACGAAGUAAAACGGAAACUCGAAUUAAAAGAGCACUCAGAUAAGGGUCUUUACGUCCAAGAUCUGUCGUUGCAUCCGGUUCAGAGCGUUUCUGAGAGCGAGCAGCUGAUGGCGAGGGGCUGGAAGAACCGCGCCACGGGCGCAACGCUCAUGAACGCCGAUUCGUCGCGAUCGCAUUCCAUAUUUAGUAUCCAGUUGGAAAUGAUGCCAGUGAGUGCAUUGGAAUGUGACCUCCCUGUCAACAAAGUGCGGAAAGGAAAGUUAAAUCUGGUCGAUUUAGCUGGAAGUGAAAGACAAUCAAAAACAGGGGCUGCUGGAGACCGACUUAAAGAAGCAAUCAAAAUUAAUCUCUCGCUAACAGCUCUUGGUCAUGUGAUAUCAGCAUUAGUCGAUGGAAAGUCAACGCAUAUUCCGUACCGGGACUCCAAGCUUACGAGAUUACUCCAAGAUUCCUUAGGAGGCAACACGAAAACUCUUAUGGUAGGUUGCAUAUCUCCUGCUGAUAACAACUACGACGAAACACUGAGCACAUUACGGUACGUGAACAGAGCAAAAAAUAUAAAAAAUAAACCACGCAUAAAUGAGGAUCCCAAGGACACACUACUGCGAGAGUAUCAAGAGGAAAUACGGAAACUGAAGCAAAUGCUGGAAUCAACAUCAGUCUCGGACAAAGGCAGCCUUGUGGAACAGGAGAGAGAGAAGCUGAGGCUGGAGUACGAGAAGCAGAUGGAAGAGAUGAGGAGGGAAUACGAGGCAGAGCACGUGAAUAACUGCAAGCUGCAGGCAGACAUGCACGCCCUCAAGAAGCAUUACGAGCAGCAGCUGGACAAGAUCAACCGACAAGAGAAGUACGAUGCAGCCUUUCCAUCAAAUGGAGUCUCAGAUGAGAGUGGAAAACUGGAAGCCUCAAUCGGGACUAAAAUGAAGCUGAAUGCAGCACACCAGGAAGUUCUUCAAAGGUUAGAAAGGCUGCAGAAGAGCAUGAUAGGCGGUGAGUGCGCCAACGACGAGGAACUGAAGGAGAAGCGGCUGCGGAAGAAGCGCGCGUCUGAGCGUCGCCUCAGAGCCCUCGCACAGGUCCUGUCCAAGGUCAGCGACGACGACGGGCUCAUGCUCAAGGUUUAUGAUGAUAUAGACCAAGAGCUCCGUACAAAAACAGAAUUGCUGAAGAAGUACAAAAUGAAGAUAAGAGAGUUGGAAUGUGAGAACUCCGACCUGCAAGGCGAAUUUCAAAAAGAAAGAACUGACUAUCUUGAAACAAUAAGGAAACUUAGCCGCGAAUUGAAACUGUAUCAGCAAAUAACCGAGAAAAUAGUGCCAACAUUAAGAAAGGAGUGCAACUAUAGUGAUUUGGAAGCAAUAAAAAAGGAAGCAUCGUGGAAUGAAGACACGGAGCAAUGGAAGUUACCUGACCUCGUCAUCACGCGGACCAGACUGCCUCCAACAGGUCUGCAGCCGAACGGCAUCAGCCUGCGGACGUCGUCGGCGGCGUGGUCGCCCAGCGGCUCGUCCAGAGGCAGCUCCACGGCCAACGAGUCCAGCCACUCCACGUCGCCUCCCAUCCUCACCAGGUCGCCUGAGUUCGUCGAGCCGGACAACAAGGUUGUCUUGCAGAGGUUCCAUCGAAGUGACGAACAGAGUAUUGUAACCGACUAUUUCAAGCCAAAGAGAGCUGCAGAGCGUCUGAACAGAGUGAAAGAAGAGGCGAGCCACGCGUUCAAUACGUGGAGAGGUUACAAAAAUAAACGCAAAGCUAACCAGGCAAGUGAGGUGAAUGGCAUUUCAAACUUGAAUCUCAGCAAAAGUUGUUUGCAUUCUUCGGGAGCCAUCCAAGAGGAAUAGUAAAUUUAUCAGUGCAGGAGCAGCUUCGACUGGAGCCACUGGACACAGACUACAAGAAAAAGAAGAGGAAGAAAAG